AUGCGGUUCCCUCUUUUGGCCAAGCCCCCAAUUAUCCCGAAGCGUUCGGACUACAGAAAAAGUCAAGAGAGAGAUAGAGAAAUUACGCCAGAGUUUGAAGAUUGUGGUGCCAUUGUUUGGGCGAAAGAAAGGGAACCCGCUUUACUCAAGUGGUUCUUUGUUGCAUGUUCUUUCGACGUUGACGAUCCUCGUUUACGUGUUUACCGUGACGAACGUCGAACAAAGAAGUUCGCCGUUAUUGGCGGCCACGCCUCCCACGAGUUCGCCAUCGAGCCGGCUCCCACAUUGGAAACGGUCAAUUCCACCCCUAUUCGAGUGUCUACCCAGCAGGCUGGCCUCACCGGAGCGUUGGGUGAGAACAUGACUGAGGAAACUAGACACUAUCUCGCCCAGUCUUAUUGUUCAGGCAAAGUAAGAGCAAAGCAGGCUUUACCGGACGGCAUGGAGUCGUAUGCGUAG